AUGGCCAUCACUAACAUCAAUGCCACAAGCCACACGUUUUUCUAUCUUCUGGGCAUUCCUGGCUUGGAGGAUCAACACAUCUGGAUCUCAAUCCCCUUUUUUGCCUCCUAUAUUAUUGCACUUCUUGGUAACAGCCUCCUCAUCUUUAUCAUUGUCACUGAUCACAGCCUUCAUGAACCGAUGUAUAUCUUCCUGUGCAUGUUGGCUGUACUUGACCUUGGUCUCUCCACCAUUACAGUUCCCAAAGCCUUAACCAUUUUUUGGUUUAAUUAUGGAGGGAUAUCUCUAGAUGGAUGUAUUACUCAGUUAUUCUUCGUCCACUUAACCUACAUUGCUGAAUCAGGAAUCCUUCUGGUAAUGGCAUUUGAUCGCUAUGUUGCAAUUUGUUACCCACUGAGAUACACAAUGAUCCUUACCCCUUCAGUGAUCAUAAAACUCAGUAUGGCUGUCUACUUGAGAAGUUUUUCUGCUGUAUUCCCCUUAAUAUUCCUUUUGAAAAGGCUUUCUUUUUGCAAAAAUAACCUUCUCCCACAUACAUAUUGUGAGCACAUUGGUUUGGCCAAGUAUGCUUGUUCCAGCAUUAGAGUGAAUAUCUGGUAUGGUGUAUUUGUUGGUUUGCUCUCUGUGAUACUAGACUUUAUCCUUGUUGUGGUAUCCUAUUGUGUGAUUCUCUAUACAAUCUUUCGUAUUCCCUCUCGGGAUGCACGUCACAAGGCUCUCCAGACCUGUGGUUCCCAUAUCUGUGUUACCUUCCUCUUCUUCAUUCCUGGAAUCUUCACAGUUAUGGUCCAAAGGUUUGGCAAACAGAUCCCACCUCAUAUACACAUUCUAAUGGCUAAUGUCUGCAUGCUGGUUCCUCCUGUGAUGAACCCCAUCAUAUACGGGAUAAAGACUAAACAGAUUAAGAACCGUGCGUUACAUUUGUUGUUUCAGAGACAAAGAUGA